CCUGGCCGUUACGCCCUUGCCCUCUCUCAUACCCCAUACCCCAAAUUCAGUCGCUUCAACUUUACGGUGUCUUCUCAAAGGAUUUUACCACUUUCAAUCUCUUGUCGAUCUCUUCUUUCGGCUGUGCUGUUCUAUUAGUAUUUUCUGAGUUUUGAUUGUUGGCCCUGUGCCAAUGGAAGAAGAGAAGAAGAAGAGGAAGAACAAGAAAAAGAAGAAUAAACAAACCAAAGGAAUAGAAAAUAAUGCCGUUGGUGCAGAAGAAUCCGCUUCCUCCAAUCAGAACCAUCCUGCUGAAAUACGUGGUUCUGAAGCACAUACUGAUGAUACUUCGGGGAUAGAUGACGAUUCUAAUAGACAUGAUACUGAGGGUGCCAAAGUCUCAUCUUUAGCCGAGAAUGAGAAACACUGUAGGAUGGAUACAGAGGCCGCCUUUGAAGAGAAAAUUAAACAAUUACAGAAGGACAAAGUGUCACAUAUGCAAAAGGAGGCUAUCUUUGAGGAGAAACUUAAACAGUUCUCACGGGAAAAAGAUGCCAGUUUACUGAAGGAGGAGUCUAACUUUAACGCGAGGAUUAAACAACUUCAGAAUGAAAAUAACAGUCAUCUGCAUAAAGAGGCUAGUUUUGAGAUGAAAAUCAUGCAAUUGCAAGAUGAAAUUAGCAGUCUCAGGAGGCAAGAGGCUAACCAAGAAGAAAAGAUGAGACAAUUGCAUAUGGAGAAGGAUGUUUACUUGCAGAAAGAGGCUGAAUUUGAGAUGAAGAAUUCCCAGUUACAAAGUGAAAAGAAUUCCUGGCUUCUAAAGGAGGCUGGCUUAGAGAAAAGAAAUAAUGAGUUGGUGGAUGAAGUGGAGAAGUUGAAUUCAAAGAGGCAUGAAUAUCAGGUCAAUUUGAAAAAAAAAGUAAAAGAGAUGGAGAAGGAAACAGAAAACAAGGUCCAGAAGGAGGUUAGCUUGGAGGAAAGAAUAAGUCUGUUGGUGGAUGAAGUGGAAAAUUCGAAUUCAACGAUGGUGAGCUUGGAGGAAAAAGUAAAAGAGACGGAGAAGGAAAGAGAGAACUGGGUCCAAAAGGAGAAGUCAUUCAGAGAAAUAAUUUCCAGCCUAAGUGGUGAUAAUGCACUUUUAGAGACGCAGGUGAAGGAGUUCGAAGAGUUGAGGACCAAUAUGUUACAAGAAAAUCAGUUACUGAAAGCAAAUAUACAAGUACUGCAGACACAAGUCUAUAAUCUCGAGAAGAGUGCCGGACCUCCUUGUUUACCAAUUGGACAUGAAAUGAAUACUCCUGAAAAUGGGGAUCUGAAUUCUGAAGUAGUUGCUACUCAAGCAUUGGUGGACAAACUGAUUGAUGAAAAUGCGGAGCUUGUGGAGAAGGUGAAAAAUUUAUAUGUGGAGCUUGAACGAAGAGGUCCACCAAUGGAGGUAUCUUCAUAUUUAGGUGCUGAUGUAAUUACCACAAGCUCUGAGGCAGCUCGCAUUGCCAAUGAAUCAGCCCUUGGGUCACACAAGAUUCCUGGAGCCGUUCACGAGCAUGAAGUUGACCAUACUACAGAGCCAAAAUCUCAACCCAGUGAAGCAGUAUUGCAGUCAAGUGAAAGGCUGCAAUCUCUGAAAGACACCAUUGACAAAGCUGUGAGUGAUGAUGAGCAUGUGAGUAAGAUAGAUAGCAGAAUUGCUGUAAAUUCAUCAGAAAUCGAGUCUGAUGAAAUCGUGCAGAUCCCUUUAGAUGAGAAUGAAGUUCAGUCAGCAGAUUUAGAAGUCACAAGUGUGGAUCAGGAUCAGUAUGAGGAAGAGGUUCCCCUCACCAAUGCACCGUUAAUUGGUGCUCCAUUCCGUUUGAUAUCCUUUUUUGCUAGAUACGUGAGUGGUGCUGAUUUGGUUAAUAAGAACUCGGCAACCUCAAACCGAGAACCUGCUAACAGCCUGCAGCUGUAAGAAGUUAGAUUUUAUACAGCAAAAGGAGGAUGACACCAAAGAUUAAACAUAGUCACAUCUUAAGUUGAAUGAUAUACUUAUUAUAGUACUAGGCUGGAUGCUGCCCACUUUUUUGUACCAAAUUCAUUAUUAUAGGGGUAUUAGUUGUUAAAGAUAAAAAUAUUGAUUUGGGCCAUUCGUACACCUGCCUGAAAAUUUGGUGACGUAAGAACAAAUGUUAUGCUAGCGAUGAGAGUUG